AUGAACAGAAUACCUUAUUGCCUCUCCAAUUUUUCGAGUUCUAGGCCAACUCCUAUAUAAUGGAUUAAGAAUAAACUCAAUCUCAAAAAUACCCGAGGCCAAUUAAUAUUCAAUGAUAUUGAAGCGUACAUCUUUGGAAAUCAAUUUAAUUCAAGUAAAAACCAUACCAUUUGUAGAAAUUCAAUGCGAUUAAAUACUAAUUAGAUACAAUUUUCUCAUAGUUCAUAUUUGGCUUGUUCAAUAGGCUCUAGAAUAGCAUUACCUAAAAAAUUAUUUGAUUAAACAACAACUUGAAAGCAUUCUCUACAAAUCAGCCUCUAAUUAUAUUUAUUAAUUCGAUGUAACUCUUUAGCCUAACAUUUAGGAUAAUUAUAACUAAGAAAUGAAACAAGAGCUUGAAAGAAAUUAAGAAGUCUUAUAAUUUGUAUUGGACGAUUAUUUUAAUUAUUAAUUUAAGAAGAAGAGUCUAGAGUAGAUUGUGUUUGAGUAACUACAUCAUAUCAUUUAGAGAUAUUUUGCUUCGCCAACAAUGUGAUAAACAAAAAGUAGACAAAAUAUGUACUUACAUAAUCAACAAUGUACUUUAUUCUCCAUAUUAUUUUUAAGCACAAUCAUAUGUUAAAAUACGAUUAAGGAGCUUUAAGGGGAGAAAAUGAAAAGAUCCUUUGGGUUGAAUGAAUAUCAAUUGUAUUUAAG